AUUUGAAAAAACCGAUUAACUGUAUUAAAUUAACCGGUGAAUAACCGGUUAUUUUUUUAGCCAGUUAAACCUAAUAACCUGGUGCAUCCCUCAAUAACCUAAAACAGGUUAUUUUUUUAAAAGAUAUCUAGCUCGACCUAGCUCUAACUACUACUAAAUCCUAAAUCUACCUCGUCCGCUUUAUUUUAUCUCAGUUCGUCCGUACUUUUUUUACAUUUUUAUUUUUUCAAAAUUGUCAAUUUAAAUCUUAAAAAUCAAAAAUCUUCUCUCGGAUUUGGAAUUUUAGUAUUUUGGAUUUGUAUUUACAUUUGCAUAUGACAUCUGACAUCUUAUGUAAAAUGUAAACCAUAUUCUGUGGUAAAAUCUAACCUCAAUGUUGAUGAAACGGCGGGUUUUGGUUUUGGACUUUUGGAGUUUUGUUUCGAUUUGUAAUGAUCUUGAUCUUUAUUAAAGAUUUUUAUAUUCAGUGUUCAGUUAAUAAGUAGUGGAAAAUGCCAGCAAAAAAAAGUGACGUGUGGAAUUUCUUCAAACGAAAAGGUAAUGGUAUCUGCCAAUGCAAUUUGUGUGGUAAAUGUUAUCGAUGUGGUGGUGGAACGACUAAUCUAAAAAAUCAUUUAACCCAUAAACACCCAGGAGUGGCUAAAGACUUAAAUAAUAAUAAAAGUAGCAAUAGUAGCUUGAGCUUAGAUAAAUUUAAUACAAAAAAACAAAGGCUUGAUACUUGUGAUGUACCUGAUUCUGAAGCAGUACCUUCAGGCUUGUCAACAGUAGACUCUUCCUGUUCCACAGAAUCAGUACGAUCUGAUUUUGAUGACAAUGGUGAGAUCACUCAAAGUGUUGAUUAUAAGACUGAUACUGAUAGACCUUUAUCUACAAGUUCCUCGACAUCCUCAAGGACUCCUGCUAAAGUUUAUGCUCAACCGACUAUAAUGAAAAUUAUUAAAAACCAAAAAAGUUAUGAGGUUGGAGGAACAAAAGAAUCUGCCAUAACCCAGUCCCUAAUUUUCAUGAUUUGUAAAGACAACCUUCCUCUAGGUUGCACAGAAAAAGAAGGAUUAAAUUUUUUUUUGAAAACUACUGUUCCAUUAUAUAAGCCACCCAGUAGAAGAAAGAUUACAUCACUUAUGGAGCAAAAGUACUUUUCCUUACAUGCACUUGUUUCUUCCCAUCUAACAAAAGUCAAAAGAAUAUCCAUAACAACAGACAUAGCAACAGUAAUGAAUUCUACCAGAAGUUUUAUAGUACUAACAGCUCAUUACAUUGAUGAUGCAACAACUAGCAUGGAGACAUUUUGUCUUGGGGUCAAAAACUUAACCCCUCACCAUACAGCUGAAAAUAUUUCAAGUGACUUAACUGAAAUGAUCGAUUCAUGGAACAUUUCAAAAAAUAAUAUAGUAUCGGCUACCACAGACAAUGCAGCUAAUAUAGUUGCUGCAGUAGGAUUACUUUUAGAUAAUAAAAGACACAUUCCGUGUUUUUCACACAAUUUAAAUUUAGUUGUUACCAAAGCUCUUGGGGCAGUUCCAGAUUUAGUUGAAAUCAUUGAAAAAGUCAAACGCAUUGUUGCUUACUUCAAACACAGCAACAUUGCUCAGGACGACCUAAGAAAUGAGCAAGAAAGAGAAGGAAAAUGUAAUGGCACCUUUUUAUACCUAAAGCAAGAAGUGCCCACAAGGUGGAAUUCCACGUUCUAUUGUUUAGAGAGGUUUUUAUUGCUGUCAAGGCAUAUUGGAAGAAUUUUAUUAAUGGGGACUCAUAAAAGAGCACCAUCCAUGGUUACUGCCAAUGAACUUUCCAUUCUUGAAGAAUGCCUGCAAUUAUUAAGACCGUUUGAACUUGCAACCAAAGACAUCUCGGGAGAAAAAUAUGUGUCUUCUAGUUUAGUUAUUCCAUUAACAAACUGUAUUAAAGUUUCCUUAGAAAGAAUUAGUGUAACAAGCAUAAUCUGUCAACAACUUAAACAUGAACUAAAAAAUCAACAUGAGAAAAGAUUAUUACCUCAAGAGAAAAACAUACUGCUGGGUAUAUCAACGUUAUUGGAUCCAAGAUUCAAAAAAAUUCACUUCCAUUCUCCUCUUACACUAACAAAUGUUAUUAAUCGAGCAAAAAUAGAAAUAAGGGAUGAACAGAUCCAAAAGGACCCAAGUUUAGAACAAACGGAAACCCAAGGCUAUGACAGUAGUGACACUACAGAAUAUGACAUAAAAAACAUUUGGAUGGUACAUGACGAGGUAGCCUCCAGUCAAAGGACAGACGAUGAAGAUCCAGGAAGUAUUCCCAAGGAAUUAAAAUUAUAUUUAGAUCAGCCUACACUACCCCGAAAAUGUUGUCCAAUUCGCUAUUGGGUAGAAAAUAAAAAUGCCUUUCCAAAGACCUCACAAAUUGCCCUUAAAUAUUUAACAUCACUAGGAGCAUCUGUAUCUUCUGAAAGAGUCGUAUCUUUUUUAAAUUAUGUAGUUAGUGAUUCAAGAAGUAGAUUGACUCCUAGUCAUACUAAUCAGCUAGUGUUUUUGGGAUCACUUGAUCCCAAAUAUUGGAACAUUUAAAAUUAUUUUUUU